CAGUUUGACUUUCAGCAUUCAGUUCAUCUCUUAUCUACAUUUAAUGAGUAACGUUAAUGCCUUAAUGGCUAUUGGCAACUAUCGCCGGUGACUGACACAGUUGCAUUUUCAUUUAUAGUCAUUGAUAUGCUUUGACAAAACCAUGCCAUGCAUGAUGAUGAUGAUCAACUUAUCAACUUGCUUACACAUACACAUUUCCAGAGAACAUGUGAAACCGAAAGGAUAGCCCAUAGUAGCUUCCCCAUUCAGUGUUCCUUCACAUGAACCUUUUUCGUUUCUUCUAAACACGUUCUCGCAAUCCAAGAACAACCACCACCGCUUCAACCUGCAACCAAUUAACACCAUUAAUUUUCAUCUGUCUCUUUGUUGACAACUAUUGAAAGUUGUAAGUAACCCUCACACCUCACUCCCUCAAUACUCAAUCACUGAUCACACCCCAAAUGAACGAAGCAACAAUGAGGAUUUCAACACAUGCAAUUGUGCUCCUUUUGAUAUUUUCUUGUGCACUUCUAUGCCAUGGCAAUGAAAGUACUAUGAGAGUGCUUUUGGAGGUGAAAUCUUCGUUCACUGAAGACCCAGAAAAUGUUUUAAGGGAUUGGUCAGAGAACAACACAGAUUACUGUAGUUGGAGAGGAGUGUCAUGUGGUUCAAAGAAGAUGUUAGAGUUGGAGUUAGAAUCCAAACCUUUGGAUAAUGAUGACUCGGUGCAAGUAGUGGUGGGACUCAACCUGUCCGAGUCAUCACUCAGUGGGUCAAUAUCACCAUCACUCGGUCGUUUGCAAAACCUGCUCCACCUUGAUCUCUCUAAUAACCGACUCGAGGGUCCCAUUCCACCUACCCUCUCCAACCUCUCUUCAUUGGAAUCUCUCUUUCUCUACUCCAACCAACUCACAGGCCCUAUCCCCACCGAGUUCGACUCGCUUCUGAAUCUCCGAGUUUUGCGAAUCGGUGACAAUGGACUCACUGGCACGAUUCCCGCGUCACUGGGGAAUCUGGUCAACCUUGUGAGCCUUGGCUUAGCCUCAUGCAGACUCAAUGGGUCAAUUCCACCCCAACUCGGUCGACUCAGUGAGUUGGAAUAUCUGAUCCUGCAGGAUAACGAGUUGACUGGUCGGAUUCCGUCUGAAUUGGGGAACUGCUCGAGCCUUAUAGUCUUCGCUGUUGCUGGCAACAGACUCAACGACUCAAUCCCGAGUGAGCUGAGUCAACUCGGAAAACUUCAAACUCUGAACCUUGCCAACAACAGCUUAUCCGGGUCGAUUCCGAGUCAACUUGGUGCGCUGAGUCAGCUUAGAUAUCUUAAUUUCGUGGGGAACCGGCUCGAGGGUAGUAUUCCACCGUCUUUGGCUCAAUUGGUUAACCUUCAAAAUCUUGACUUGUCAAAGAAUAUACUGAGUGGGGAAAUUCCAAAGGAGUUAGGGAACAUGGGUGAGUUACAAUUCUUGGUUCUCUCUGAGAACAAACUACAUGGGACCAUUCCAAGAACCAUAUGUUCCAAUGCAACAAAUUUGUUGAGCUUGAUGAUAGCAGAGAGUGGACUUCAUGGUGAGAUACCAGCUGAGUUGGGUCAGUGCCAAUCACUGAAGCAACUUGAUUUGUCAAACAAUUCUCUCAGUGGGUCAAUACCUAAUGAGGUUUAUGGGUUGGUGGGGCUAAUUAGUCUCUUGCUUCACAAUAACACCUUGGUUGGUUCAAUCUCUCCUUUCAUAGGGAACCUCACUAACAUGCAGACUCUUGCAUUGUUUCACAACAGGUUGCAGGGUGGUCUUCCCAGAGAGAUUGGGAGGCUGGGGAAAUUGGAGAUACUGUUUCUUUACGAUAAUAUGUUGUCAGGGAAGAUUCCUUUGGAGAUUGGAAACUGCUCAAGCUUGCAAAUGGUUGAUUUCUAUGGAAACUAUUUCAGUGGGGAAAUUCCCUUCACCAUUGGGAGGCUGAAAGAUUUGAACUUUUUGCACCUCAGGCAGAAUGAGCUUGAGGGUGUCAUUCCCCCCACACUUGGGAACUGUCAUAAAAUGAGUGUGUUGGAUUUGGCAGAUAAUCAGCUUUCAGGUGGCAUUCCUGCAACAUUUGGAUUCCUCAGAGAGUUGACGCAGUUCAUGCUCUACAACAAUCAUCUUGAAGGUAGUCUUCCUCACCAACUUGUAAAUGUAGCAAACUUGACCAGAGUGAAUCUUUCAAACAACAGACUCAAUGGUAGUUUGGUUGCAUUGUGUCGCUCGAUGUCUUUUCUUUCUUUUGAUGUCACAGAUAACCAAUUUGAUGGUGAAAUACCCUUUCUCCUGGGAAACUCGCCUUUCCUUGAGAGGCUGAGAUUAGGUAACAACAAAUUUUCUGGCGAAAUUCCAAGGACAUUGGGAAAACUCACUAUGUUGUCAUUGUUAGACGUCUCAGGAAAUUCACUCACUGGACCAAUACCCGAUGAGCUUUCCUUGUGUAAUAAUCUGACUCACAUUGAUUUAAACAACAACCUUCUAUCUGGAAGCAUACCAUCAUGGAUUGGAAGUUUGCCAGAGUUGGGAGAGCUUAGGCUCUCAUUCAAUCAAUUUCAUGGGUCUAUUCCACCAGGCCUAUUCAAACAACAAAAGUUGAUUGAUCUUUCCUUGGAUAACAAUUCUCUUAGUGGAAGUCUCCCUGAUGAUAUUGGAGGCCUUGCAUCCCUUAAUGUACUCAGACUUGACCAUAAUUUCUUGUCUGGACCAAUCCCUCAUACAAUUGGUAAAUUGAGCAAUCUUUAUAAGCUGCAGCUAUCAAGGAAUCACUUUAGUGGUGAGAUACCAAUUGAGAUAGGAAAUAUGCAAAAUCUCCAAAGCAUUUUGGACCUCAGUUACAAUAAUCUCUCUGGUCAUAUCCCAUCUUCACUUGGCAUGCUGUCAAAAUUGGAAGUACUUGACCUUUCUCACAAUCAACUCAGUGGAGAAGUGCCUUCGAUAAUUGGUGAAAUUUGGAGCUUGGAGAAGCUUGACAUCUCUUACAAUAACCUUCAAGGUGCAUUGGAUAAGCAAUUCUACCGCUGGCCACAUGAGGCGUUUGAAGGGAACCUUUAUCUUUGUGGAGCCUCUCUUGGAAGCUGCAACUGCAACCGUGGUGAAGCUUCCUGCAAUAAGCCAUUAAGCAACACAACAGUGAUUAUAGUCUCUGCACUUUCAACUUUAGCUGCUAUUGCUCUUCUUGUACUUUUUGUGAUCAUCUUCUUGAAAAACAAGCAAGAAAUUUUCAGGAGAGGCAGUGAAGUGAGUUUUAUUUUCUCCUCUUCAUCGCGAGCACAAAGACGAACCUUGGUCCCUCUAAGUACUGCUCCUGGAAAGCGAGAUUUCAGGUGGGAAGAUAUCAUGAGUGCCACAAACAACUUAAGUGAUGAGUUCAUAAUUGGUUAUGGAGGUUCUGGGACAGUCUACAGAGUUGAAUUGCCCACUGGAGAGACUGUGGCUGUCAAGAAGAUUUCCUUGAAAGAUGAAUAUCUGUUGAACAAAAGCUUUAUAAGAGAAAUCAAGACUCUGGGGAGGAUCAAGCAUAGACAUCUGGUGAAACUGGUAGGCUGUUGUAGCAAUAGAAACAAAGGAACAGGUUGGAAUCUGUUGAUAUAUGAGUAUAUGGAGAAUGGAAGUGUAUGGGAUUGGCUUCAUGGGGAACCCCUCAAAUCAAAGGGGAGACUUGAUUGGGACACAAGGUUCAAAAUUGCUGUGGGAUUAGCUCAUGGAGUGGAGUACCUCCAUCAUGAUUGUGUGCCAAAGAUCAUUCACAGGGACAUCAAAUCCAGCAACAUAUUGCUAGAUUCCAACAUGGAGGCACACUUGGGAGACUUUGGACUGGCCAAAUCACUCAUUGAGAAUCAUGAAUCCAAUACUGAGUCUAAUUCUUGUUUUGCUGGCUCUUACGGUUACAUAGCCCCAGAGUUUGCAUACUCACUGAGGGCCACAGAGAAAAGUGAUGUGUACAGCAUGGGAAUUGUGCUUAUGGAACUUGUUAGUGGUAAAAUGCCAACAGAUGCAGAUUUCAGAGGAGAGAUGGAUAUGGUGAGAUGGGUGGAGGUGCAUGUGGACAUGCAUGGCACUUCAUGCGAUGAAGUGAUGGAUCCUCAGCUGAAACCCCUUUUGCCUGGUGAAGAGUUUGCUGCUUUGCAGGUGCUUGAGAUAGCCAUACAGUGCACAAAAACUGCACCACAGGAGAGGCCAACCUCACGCCAAGUAUGCGAUCUUCUUCAGCGUGUGUCCAACAACAAAAAGGUGGAGUUUGAGAAGAAGAAUUUGGAUGAUUACUAGUGAUUUUCUAUCCAACUAGUAUUAAACAUGAAGGCAUGUUUGGCUGUUUGCUAUUAUUGUCUUAGGCUUUAGAGUUCUAUGUGGAAUAAUACUCGUUGGUUGACUUCUUGGGAGUAAUUUUAACAUUUGAAUCUGCGUGUUUUCUUACAAAA